AUGACGUCACCCGGGUGCGCCGCUCGCCCUCGAGCACCUGCGACUUCCCCGGGCCGGCCGGGACACCGGGCAAGGCCGCGACAACCCUCCCCGGGGCCAACCCCGGUGAUCUGUGACGUCUCUUUCGACGUCACCGGUGACGUAACGUGGAACGCGGGCGAUGUUACGGAGUCGCCGCCGCCGCCCGCGCGCGCCGCCCGGCGCGAGCCGAGCUCCCGGCGCGGCCCGAUGACGUCACUGCCGUUAACGGGCCGCCCGCGUGCCGCCCGCGAACUUCCGGUUCCGGGCCGCGGAGCCCCGUCCCGCUUCCCCGGUCCCGCCAUGGGGGAUUUGAUCCUCAACGUGGACUUGACCGCCCCCGAGCGCCGCCCCAAGAAGGAGCGGGGCAACCGAAAGCACCAGAGCUUCGUGCGGCGGCGGCGGGAGCUGGAGCGCCGGGGGGUCCUGCGGCAGAAGCAGCUGCCCCCGAACCGGGGCGGGCCUCAGCGGACCCCGGCGAAGCCCCCCCGGUCGUGCCCUAAAGAGAACGGCUCUGCCGGGACCGGCGUUCCCUCUAAAACCAAAGGGAAGGGUCGGGGGGCUGCUGGGGGCACCCCCGAAUCCACCGGCGCCCCCUCGGCGCCCCAGAACGGCCGCGCAAAGACCAAGGGCAGGGCUCGGGGGGCGGUGGCCGGAGCCCCCCCGGCGCCCACCAAGCUGCUGGCCAUGGACUGCGAGAUGGUGGGCACGGGCCCCGGGGGCCGGACCAGCGCCCUGGCCCGGUGCAGCAUCGUGUCCUACGACGGGGACGUUGUGUACGACCGGUACGUGAGGCCCGAGGCGCCCAUCGCGGGGGGUGGGGAGGAGCCCCCCGGCCUCGGUGGGCGGGAGCGGCGGGGGUCCCUCACAGGGCUCCGGGGCGCUGCCGUCACCCGCCACCCGCCGACAUCUGCGUCCCGCCGGCUCUUCCUCCGGCUCCUCCUCACGCCAGGGACGAGCUGGCCCCUUCCCCGGCUCUGGGGACCCCCCUCCCGCAGCCCCUUUUCUGGUUGA